CUUCAUCACCAUAUUCGGACGUCGUUCCUUGCUUCUUCUUUGUUCUUCUACUUUCUGUAAUCCAAUUAUUCUAAAACGAUCUUGACGACUCUAAAAUCACCCCAACAUAAGGAUUAUUUGGUAUCUGUAAGUUAUCUCAACAAUAUUUGUUUAUCUGUGAAUCACAGAUAUGAAUUCCGGUACUAAUGAAGGUAUUUAUCCUCUGCAUCGCUCUAAAACCGUUCAUCUGGUGAGGCAUGCCCAAGGAGUUCACAAUGUAGCAGGAGAGAAGGACCAUAGUGCAUAUAUGUCUGAGGAACUCUUUGAUGCACAUCUUACCCCCCUUGGUUGGGAACAGGUAGAUAAUCUCCGGAAGCAUGUUCAUGCGUCUGGACUUUUCAAAAAUAUCGAAUUGGUCGUAGUUUCACCUUUGCUCAGGACUAUGCAAACAGCAGUUGGUGCUUUUGGAGGUGAAGCUACUGCUGUUGGGAUUGAUGUGCCUCCACUGAUGGCAGAAAAUACGGGCAAUAGUAAUUGUCCUGCAAUUUCAAGCCUAAAUUGCCCUCCCUUCAUUGCUGUGGAGCUUUGUCGAGAGGAGAUGGGCAUUCAUCCUUGUGAUCGGAGGAGAAGUAUAAGUGAAUACAAAUCCAUGUUCCCAGCAAUUGAUUUUUCUUUGAUAGAAACUGACCACGAUGUUUGGUGGAGCCCAAAGACUAGAGAAAAGCCUGAAGACGUUGCAGCACGGGGUUUGAAGUUUAUGAAAUGGCUGUUGACACGCGAAGAGAAGGAGAUUGUGGUUGUAUCCCAUGGUGGUUUCCUGAUUCAUACACUUCGUGCAUAUGGAGAUGACUGUCAUCCCACACCCAAGAAAGAAAUGUCCAUAUUCUUCAACAACUGCGAGCUUCGUUCAAUGGUCAUUGUUGAUCGAAGCAUGAUUGGAUCAGACACUUCAAAGACCGACUUUCCUCGGAAAAUUCCUGGCAAUGCUGUUCUCGCGAGUGACGCUGAUUAGUAGAGAGUCAUAUCCACAUCACAUUCGACAUUCGACAUGUCUUUAUAUUUGAUUAAAAUCAUCAAUAAACAGUAAUAAAAUACUACCAACCAUGACAGAUGAUGUCAUGUAAAGUUGAUGCUAAUUAUGUAAUAUGUUUAGAUCAAUAUAUCUUUUAUUAGACUACAA